ACGUCAAUAUGCAACAUUUUAAAACCACACAAAAAGAAAAGGAAAUGUUUAGUACAGCCAACAGUCCUGCAAUGGAGCGAUUGCUGUGGUUAAGCAAACAGCUCUUGCUUCCUCUGAAGACCCAGGAGUGAGACCCAGCCUACUGAGGCUCAGAGAAUAUACCCCCAGAUUCUUUGAAUUUUUGACAGUUGUCCUUACUUUCCAUCAAGAUGACAAACAGUUCUGUCUUCUGCCCAGUUUACAGAGAUCUGGAGCCAUUCACUUACUUUUUUUAUUUAGUUUUCCUUGUUGGAAUUAUUGGAAGCUGUUUUGCAGCCUGGGCUUUCAUGCAGAAAAACACAAAUCACAGGUGUGUGAGCAUAUACUUAAUUAAUUUGCUUACAGCUGACUUCCUGCUCACUCUGGCAUUACCAGUGAAAAUUGCUGUGGACUUGGGCGUGGCCCCCUGGAAGCUGAGGAUAUUCCACUGCCAAGUAACAGCCUGCCUCAUCUACAUUAAUAUGUACCUAUCAAUUAUCUUCUUGGCAUUUGUCAGCAUUGAUCGCUGUCUUCAGUUGACAUACAGCUACAAAAUUUAUCGAAUACAAGAAUCCAGAUUUGCCAAAAUGUUAUCAACUGUCGUGUGGCUAAUGGUUCUUCUUAUAAUGGUGCCAAACAUGGUGAUUCCUAUCAAAGACGUGAAGGAAGAGCCAAGUGUGGGUUGCAUGGAAUUCAAAAAAGAGUUGGGAAGAAAUUGGCAUUUGCUGACAAAUUUCAUAUGUGUAGCUAUAUUUUUUAAUUUCUCAGCCAUCAUUUUAAUAUCUAACUGUCUUGUAAUUCAACAGCUUUAUAGAAACAAAGAUAAUGAAAAUUAUCCAAAUGUGAAAAGAGCUCUCAUCAACAUACUUUUAGUGACUACAGGCUACAUCGUAUGUUUUGUUCCUUAUCACAUUGUCCGAAUCCCAUACACCCUCAGCCAGACGGAGGUCAUAACUGACUGUCCAACCAGGAUUUCACUCUUCAAAGUCAAAGAGGCCACGCUGCUCCUGGCUGUCUCGAACCUGUGUUUCGAUCCCAUCCUGUACUAUCAUCUCUCAAAAGCAUUCCGCUUAAAGGUCACUGAGACUUUCGUUUCCCAUAGGGAGACCAAUGUACAAGAAAAAUCAACUUGCGAAAACAAUGCAUAAAAUAUCAUUUUUUCAUGCUAUCACUUCUUGCCUUACUGGACAGUAAGUUGAAAACUACUGGGAGAGGAAAAAGCCUCAGUGAGCAAAAAUACAGCCAGCUACCAAGCGUGGCCUGGUUUUCUGAGAUACUCAGUAAAUACAAACUACAAGUAGGUUUGUGGUUAUUGAUAUUCCUUAACCCAAAUGCAGCAAAGAACAACUUGUUGAACCAAUGCAAAACACUGCAAUACCUUUGAAAUCCAAAGAAGUUCUCUGACAUGGACUCAGAGGUAUUCAUUUCAGUGCAUUGUACUGACUUGAGAGAAAUAUGCGAAAUAAUGUCUAUGUAAGUUGCCAGAAAGAAAGCCUUUCAGCAACACAGUCACUUAGAUGAGCUUUAAAAAAAAAAAAGCCAGCCAAUUUUACAAGAAACUACCUGUGCCUGGUUUUUAAUCCAUCACUUCAAAGACGAUGAGCUUUUAGCUCACUACUCCAAUUUUUAACAUCUGAUUGUUUGCCAACAUAACUAAACUAAAACUAAAAACUUAAACCAAAUAACGUAACUAAAGUUUUACUUCUAAAAAGGCUUGUUUAUACAUGGAUAAUUUUUAAUGUACUAUAUAUACUUACAU